CCAAAAAUAUUGAUCUGGCUGGUCAAGUAAAGCAACUACACCAGGAGCGAGAUACUUUGAAGAGCAGACUGUCUGCAUCAAAAGAGAGGUGGAUGAGUUGCAAUGCCAAAUCACCUGCUAUGUUAACCAUCUGGAGGAAGUUCGGCAAGAAGCAGGGAGAAUGCAAGCCCAGCUGGAUGAUGCCAAAGUGGAAGGACAGCAUCACAGUAAAAAAGGAAAUUCUCUGUUUUCAGAGCUGGAAGAUCGAAGAUUAGAGGUUGAGAAGAAGAUGGUGACAUUGCAAGUGCAAAAUCAGCAACUUAAGGAGAAGUAUGAAGUGGAAAAACAACAGAAUCAGAAGUACAGGAUGCAGGCAGCCAUGGCACUGCACAUGACAAGCCAAAGGCAUGAUGACCCCCAUGUCCAGCGUCUGCACAGUCAGUUGAAAGAGGCACAUGCUGAGAUCCGAACUCUGACCGAACAGUUGCAAAAGCUUGAAACAGAUAAGGCAGCUAUCCUAGAUAUGCAAGAAUUUUCUAGACUUCUGAGUGAAAUGGAAGAUAAAAGUUACGUAGAGUUUCUCCUGACUGUCAUUCAAACAGAAAAGGAAAACACAGCUAAGGCAAACUCUGAGUUACAAACCAAGUCUCUUCAGUAUCUGGACAUGAGCAAUCAAAAUGCAGAACUAAUUCGACAGAUUAAGCAUCUGGAGGCUGAGCAAGGCAAGCUUCAGGCAGCACUACUUAAAGUUCAGCUGCAGAAAGAAGAACUACUUCUGAAGUAUGAGCCAGAAAAAGUGAAAACCAAAAAGGCACAAAAAAGAGUGGUUGAGAAGAUAGACAUGGGAGGCAUUCAGCCACAGCUGGCAGAAAAUGUUCCAUUUUCUUUGAGUACAAGCAAGCUUAAUGAUGUCUUGAAAUCCAUGUCAUCUGUCUCUAUGGAUAGUCAUUUAAGCGCUGUUCUGAAACCUGUUAAUGUCUUUGCAAAUGCAAGCGAAAGCUCUAAUAACUAUGGAUUUGGCAUCACAAACAAAAUGGCUGCAACAAAGCAGAUGAAACUGAGAGGCCAAGUUUUUGCACAGAACAACGAUGAGAAUACAUUUCUAGAAGGCAAAGAAAAUCUCGGAAACAUGGGCUGUGGUCCCUCGUAUGGUCAUAAAGUUAGCAUAGCUGAUGAUGUAAGAGUCAUAGAAUCUAAUGGUGAGGAGAAAAGCAUCAGUUUAUCAAAUGGGGUGGAAAAAUCUCACAAACCUGCAGCUAACAGAAAAAGCCACAGUGCCAGCUACCACUGUCAAGCAAAUCUCAGCUUCUGAAGCUCCAGAAUUACAAUGUAAAACUCAGUGAUUGGCAUCUCAAGGGAUAUUACAAGACUGAUAUGUAAAAUAGUUUUGUGUGUUGUGUUAAGAAACAUUACCAAUGGUGUUAUGUGAAAGUAUAGGCAUGUUUAAAACAUGUAUUAGGACCUUGUAAAGUGUUUAUGUAUAUAGCAUCAUAUCACUACUUCAAAAGAAAGUGUGACUGCAGGCAGAGAGCUUCUGUUGAAUGUGACCUGCCACUACUGGACAACGUUGGGCAACAGUUUAGUGGUUGUCGCUAAUAUAGCAUGAUUUGGUGUCCUGA